CAUACCAAACAAGAUGGCAAUUUUCAGCUGCUUGGCUCGUUCCGGGCAAAUUUCGGCCCGUUUGGGAGCCCUAGUGAACAAUCCUGCAUUGUUGCAGGCUAGAAAACAUGCCCUCACCGGUACGCGCCCGAUGUCUGGUGGCCAUGGACCGAAGAACUUUACCAUCACGCCAUCCCGCUUCCAGUGGCACAAGUUCAAGGAUAUGUUCCACUAUUACGUGAUGGUUGGGCUGAUCCCAGUCGGUGCAGUUGUUUUCUAUGCAAACGUUUUCGUUGGCCCGGCAACGCUCACCGAAACACCGGAAGAUUACACGCCAAAGCACUGGGAGUACCAUCGGCAUCCGAUUACGCGUUUCAUCGCUAGGUACAUUUUGCCCAACCCACAGCAAGAGUACGAAAAAAUUCUGCACAUUAUUUACGAAGAAAACGAAAAGGCACAGAUCCGUGCGCUAGAGAAGGAUGUCCGCGCAAAAAUGGCCGAACGGAACGAUUACCAGUCGUAUUAUUACCGACCGGCCAUCGGCAAGUAUCACCGGGUGGCGAAGGAGGCUGCCGAAAAUUUGGAGGCACUGCGUGGUGAUUAAAACACGACCCGCAACGAUGUAGAAUAUGUUGUCUAAAUAGACGUAAUGGUGCUGCAGCGAAGCGAAUUAUGGCGUAUUUUUAUUCC